AUGACAGCAGCAGACUUGUCGCUGCUGCUGCAGGCAGCAGGCCUGGCCCCGCAAGCAGCAGCAGCAGCAGACACAGCCUCUCUGGGGCGCUCCCUACGGGACUUCCUAGACUUAGAAUUGGAGGCCCUAGAGGGUUCGGGGGCCCCCGGGGGCCCCGGGGGGCCCCUCGGGGGGCCCUCCGGCUACCUGGGGGCCCCAUUUUCUUAUAAUUGGCACAAAGAAAGGCUCAUUGCGAAGUUGAAGCAGCUCAAGCAGCAAGCAGAAGCCAUUUCCGUAUUCCCAGGGGGGCCCCCCAGCGAGGGGUCCCCCCGGGGGGGGCCCCCCAGCAGGGGGGCCCCCCACAGGGGGGCCCCCCGGAGGGUCUGGGCCUCCUCGGGGGGCCCCAGGGGCCCCACUUUUCCCCCUUUUUUGGACCAUUCGAGGCCCCCUUCCCGGCGCUUCUCUUGGGAUGGAGAACAGUACUCUUUGACUGAACUUGCUGAGGCAGAGGGGGCCGCCUGGGGGCCCCCCGUUGGGGGGGCCCCCCACGGAGGGGGGGCCCCCCUGGGCCAGGGGGGCCCCUCAGAGGAGGAGUGGGUGAAGCUGCAAGACCAAUUAGGAAGAGAAAUAAUUUAUUUUCCACAAGUGCUGACGGAUGACGAGGUCGAGGCAGCAAAGACGAGGCUGCUGCCCCUCGCAGCUGCCACUCCUGCUGCUACUGCUGCUGCUGCUGCUGCUGCUGCUGCGCCGGUGUUCACGGGUGCUGCUGCUGCAGCAGCCGAGCCCCCUGUGAUUAAGAGGCAGCUUUACAGCAUUUCGCAGUUGCUGGCUGACCUGAAGACGACCUAUUGCCUACUGCAGCAGGAAGCAGCACCUGCUGCUGCUGCUGCUGCUGCUGCUGAUUUCGGUGCUGCAGCUCCUGACGGUGGCAUUGCUGCGGCCCUUCGCGGCGUUGCUGCUCCCGCAGCAGCAGGAGCACAAGCAGCAGCAGCAAAAUCAGCAGCAACAGCAGCAGCAGCAGCAACAACAACAGCAGCAACAGCAGCAGCAACAGCAGCAGCAGCAGCAGCAGAUGCUUCGCCUCUCACUCUUUUCAGCCUUCUUGAGGGCAAGAAGCCCCCAGGGCUGCUGGGGGCUGCUUAUUACUGCCGCAGCAGUUUAUCAUCUUUUGCAUUGGAGACAAAAGAAAGAAAAGAAAUAAAUGAAAUAAAAGAAAUAAAUGAAAUAAAUAAAUUAAAUGAAUUAAAUGAAUUAAAUGAAUUAAAAGAGAAAAACAGAAUUGUUAUUCUGCUCGCCGGAGAGCUCAAACCCAGGGAUGCCCGUGUGCGGCACAUCGCCGACCGCAUUGCCCUCAGCUGCGGCGCUGCUGUGUUGGUGCCAGAGCUGCCAGCAGCAGCAGCAGCAGCAGCAGCAGGGGGAGAAGCAGCGGGAGCAGCAGGCUCUGGCGCGAGCGCUGCUGCGAGGACUCCCGCAGCAGCAACAGCACCAGCAGCAGCAGCCGCAGCAGCAGCAGCAGCUGCUGCUGCUGCUGGCCAGCAGCUGGGCAUUCACGGGCUUGUGGCCCGGGCGCUGCUGUGGCUGCGGCUGCAGGAAGCAGCAGCAGCAUUUGCUGUCGUUGGGGUGGGCGGAGGAGCAGCAGCAGCUCUUGAAUUUGCUGCUGCAGUAGCCCCGGGUGCCCGUGCUGCAGUAUCAUUGGUCCCUGCUGCUGCUGACGCCGCUGCUGCUGCUGCUGCUGGAGCUGCUGCGCGCCCAGACACCCCAGCAGCAGCAGCAGCAGCAGCAGCAGCAGCGGUUGCGCCUUCUGCGGGUGCAGCUGCGGGGGCUGAGGCGCCCGGUGGGCCUGCUGCUGCUGCUGCAGCGGGAGAAGAAUCUCCUGCUGCUGCUGCUGCAGCGGGAGAAGAAUCUCCUGCUGCUGCUGCUGCUGCAGCGGGAGAAGAAUCUCCUGCUGCUGCUGCUGCUGCAUUCGAGCAGCUGCUGCGGCUGCAGCUGAGGGCCAAAGACCACUGGGUAGAUACAGCUGAGCCCCCGAGGGCCGCAGAAGGGGCCGCUGCAGAGUUGCUGACAGAAGAGCAGCUGCUGAUGGCCACUUCUUGGCUGGACUUGUGGCUGGGCCGCGAAGUGCCGGAGAGCGUUUCUGCGGCGGAGGACGUGAAGGGAUUUAGUCUUCGUUUUCGGGAUUUUAAGAAAUAA